UAAAAUUUCAAUUUCAAACUAAAAUAUUAAAUUAAAUAAAAUAAAUAUUAAAUAUUUAUUGUCUCUUCUUCUUUCUCCACCUUACACUUAAAACACACACACAAUUUCACUCAAACAAAAGAAAAAUCGAAACAAACCGAAAAAACCUAAGUGAAAAUGGCGAGCUCAGUGGAGAAAGAGGGUUCUGCUGCUGUCGGUGUAGCUGCAGAUGCAGGAGAAGAAACUGUGUCUCUUGAACUACCUGCUCCAUCUGGUUGGACGAAAAAGUUCUUUCCAAAAAAGUCUGGAACUCCAAAGAAAAAUGAGAUAGUGUUCACUGCACCAACAGGAGAGGAGAUCCAUACCAAGAGGCAGCUGGAGAAGUACUUGAAAGCAAACCCCGGUGGCCCAAACAUCUCAGAAUUUGAUUGGGGCACUGGCGAGACUCCAAGAAGAUCAACUAGAAUCAGUGAGAAGGUCAAGGCAUCUCCAACAGAACCAAAAAGUGAGCCCCCUAAGAAACGUGGCAAAAAGUCACCAGCUUCAAAGAAAGAAGCUUCCGGGGAGGAAGGAGAAGAGGAACCAAAAGAUGAUGAAAUGCAUGAAGCUGAUGAAACUAAGGAUGAUAACGAAAAUCAAGAUGGGAAGGGAGCUGAAGAUGCAGAUGUCAAAGAGUCCACUCAACCUGGAGAAAAUACUGAUAUAGCAAAUGAUGAGGGGAAAACCAACACUGCUGAUGGAGAGUUACAAGCAUCAAAAGAGAAAAUUGAUGACAAAGGAGCUGAGGCAUCUGAAGUUGUUCAGAAUAAGGAUGAAGAGAAGAUUGAACAACCACUGGAGGAGACGAAGCAAGAUGGUGCAUCUGCUGAGCCAGAGAAAUCAGAAGCUGCCCCUGCUGCUGAGAAAACAGCUGAAGUGGAAGCAGAAAAUAAAGAGGAAGAAAACAGAAGCAACCACGAGGCUGAAGGAGUAACCAAGGAGAAAGAAGCAACAAAAGUGCAUGAAGAAGAAAAUCACAAGGUUCAUGAUAUUAACAAGGCUGAAUCAGAGGUGACCGUAAACGGAAGCUGAAUUGUUGAGGUGAAAGCUUUUGAAUAGGGAACAGAAUAAAUUCUUGGCUUCUGUCUUCUGUCACUCUGACACCUUUAGAUCUGUCUGAGGAUGACUGUAGUUUUUGUUGUUAAAUUAAUGUGAUUUAUCCGAUUGUUCAUUGAAAUGACUAUAAACAAUCAUAGAGUAGCCGUAUGAUGUACCAUCUAUGUAUGUGCUGGAGAGACAUGUAGCUUCUAGUUCCCAUGUAACAUUUGUUGUAACAUUGUGUUGUAUGAUAUCUGUAAUGUGAUAUGAACCUAUAACAUUGUGGAGUAUGUGUUUAUUUCAAAAA